AUGAAGAAAUCUAUGGGACAAAGUUAUCGUAAAAUUCAAGCAGAAUUUAGGUAAAUAUAUAUUUAUAAGGAGCAGAUCCCCUCGACCUCACUUAAUGGAAGUUUAAAGUAUGACAGUAAUAUAAAAUAAAAGUAAUUUAGUUAUUUUUAUUUUUGAAGAUGGAGCAAUGAAGUUCUCAUUAAAAGAAUACCUUGAGAGACAAAGAGGUAAUAUUAGAGAAAAGAAAACUUCAUAAAGUGAAAAUUUUAUAAGAAAAAUUGCUCCUAUAAAAGUAGAGAACUAAUUAAGCAAAAACAAUUCACCUCGAUUCAGAAUAAAAUUGGUUUAAAGUCCACUAAGUACUAACAAAACAACUUUUUCAAGAUCUCCUUAGGCUUCAUCGUUUCGAAAUCGUAAAAUACCUUUAGAAUCAGAUUAUAUUUGUGAAACUGAGAUAAAUAUAUAAACAAGUAGAAUACAUGGAGCAUUUCAAUAGACUGAUAUUGAUGAAAGCACUAUGCUAUCAACUAAAUCACCUACAAGAUAGGAAAAUAGAAUUGAAAAUUCUUCAGUAAUUAAAACAAGGAAUGUUAUUAAUUCUGUUGAAGAUGAAAAUCUAUUGUAAGAAUAGAUUAAACCACCAAAAAGAACUAAAAAAUAAUUAAGACAUUGUUUACUAAGAGCAUUGAAAAAAUUAAAAGAAAUGAAUAUCACUACUAAAAUGAUGGUCUAAAAAUAAAUAUUUUCUAAAAAGCCUUAUUAGAAGCCAUAUUCAUAAGAAUUUAUACAUGCUGUUAAGUUGAAUUAAUUAGAAAAGGUACAUUAAUACCUAGAGAAAAAUUAAUAUUUAGUUUUUGAUUUUGAUUUUUUUAAUAUGUCUGCCUUGCAUUGGUCUAGUAAAAAAGGAUUAUAUGAAAUGUCUGAACUUUUAAUUAAAUAUCAUGCUGAUGUUGAUGCAAUUGACAUAUUGAAUAGGACACCUUUGUAUUUAGCUAUAUAAGAAAAUAACAUACCUAUUAUUGAAGUAAAAAUAUUAAUGAGUUAUAGUUACUUUUAAGAAAUAAAGCAUAUCCCUGGUCUACUUCGGUCACUGAUUUGGGAGAAGUGGUUAAGGAUAACAAGAAAGUUCGUAAAAUUUUAACUUUGAUCAGAAGAGUAAUUAUUAAAAUUUAAUUCUUAGUUGGAUAUUAUCAACAUGUGGGGCGAGAAGAAAUUAAAAGAAGAGUUUUUUUGA